UCCAAACAAUUUAUAGAUGCUUUGCCGCUCUCUGCCAUUUUCCCCCAAGAAAGAAAGAGACAAAGCCCAAACCCUAAUCAUCUUUUUCUCUCUCUUCAUCUCCCACCAAAAACAGCAACGGCUCUGAAAACCCCAGCCAGCUUCCAUCAAUGGCUGCCAAAUCCGGAGAUCCUUACAUCGGCUGCACCAUAGCCCUAAUCUCCAAGUACGAAAUCCGCUACGAAGGGGUCCUCGAAUCCCUCAGCGUCCACGACUCCACCAUCGGCCUCAGAAAUGUUAGGUCAUAUGGAACAGAGGGGCGUAAGAAAGAUGGUCCACAAGUUCCUCCGAUUGAUAAGGUGUUUGACCACAUCCUAUUUAGAGGAAGCGACAUUAAGGAUUUGCAAGUUACGUCUACUGCACCUGCACAAAGAGAGGAACAGAUUUACAAUGAUGAUCCUGCUAUUAUCCAGUCACAUUAUACUGGGGCACCUGCAAGUUCUCCACCAUCAGCGCUGGUUGGCGGGAAAAGUUUACCUGAAAUAACUCAGUGGCUGGAUACUCCUUCUUUGAGUGCUAAAAGCAAUACCACUGUGUUGCCUUCAUAUCAUUCUAUAGCUGAAGUUCCAUCAGGGCAUUCUUUUUCUACUCAGAUCGCCACUCCUCCAGCACUUUCUUUGCCGAUGUAUUGGCAAGGGUACAAUGGGGCCUCACCGAAUAUGUCUCAACAGCCUCAUCACCAUAUGCAAUCCCAGUCUGCGAUCUUACACCAGAAUAAGGCUCCUGAAAGUCAGGCAUCGAUAACUAUUGGCUUGGCAGAUCCUUCAGCUCGUGUUAAUCCUGCAAUCUCGUCUUCUACAUCAACUUCUGUAAAUCCAAAAUUUGCUCCCUCUCUAACUUCUGUAAACUACUCUUCUGCUCUUGAUAUGCCUUCAUCCUUGGCCACACAGAUAUCUUUACCAUCUCAUUCUAUACCAGUGAAUGUUAGUCAGCUGAAUAUGCAUUCUGUACCUUCACCUGGCCAAGACUGGAAUAUGAGAGAAACACAAUAUUUUAGUAAAGCCAUUUCUGAUUUGGUACCAGGUCUUCCUGUGCAGUCCUUCCCCUACCCUGCAUCAUCGUCUUUGGUUUCUGGUGCAGGUCCUUUGCUAACACCACCUCCAUCAUUGUUGACCCCUGACCAAUUGGCACUAUCUAGUUCACACAUACUAUCUCCCAUGCAAAAACUCUACGUUGAUCAGAGGAAUAUGGGCACUAUGAUACCAACACCAUCUAAUUCUUCUUCCAUGGUUCCUCCUGUAACCCAAGCACCAUUGUUACCGUUGCCUGCACCACAGUCACAAUACUCGGCUGCUCAGUACAAUGAAGAGUUUGAUUUUCUGGCCAUGAAUGAGAAGUUUAAGAAGGAUGAAGUAUGGGGAUACCUUGGAAAGGAAAAACAGAGGGAUGAAACUGAGGGGGUGGAUGACAGUGGAACUGGUCAAAGCUUGGAUGACAAAGAAGGUUCUACGAAGCCUGCAUAUAACAAGGAUGAGUUCUUUGACACAAUUUCAUGUCAUUCUGUCAACCGUGGAGCAAGAAAUGGACAUAGAUUUUCUGAGAGAAUGAAGACGGAUAGUGAGACAAUUGUCAACUUCCAGCAGAGAUCGAAUUUUGGUUAUGAUGGCUAUGGUCCGGGGCGUGGUGGUAAUUACCGGGGCUCAUAUCAGUCAGGAAGGGGUUAUGGUUAUGGUUAUGGUGGUAGGGGACGUGGUGGUAAUAUGCCCAAGUGGUGGUAAAACGCCUUUCUGAUGGAAGUUGUGUUUCAUUGUUUGCUCAAGGUCCAUGAAAGCUUCUAUCAGAAUGCUCUCUGGUUUUCUUUUAUCCCCUCAAUCUUGACGUUGUGAUGACGGUAUGUCAAAGGUAAUGUUGUGGAUAUCUUCAUGUUUGUAAGGUUCUUGGGGCUAACAGUUAAGUUGGUUCAUGCUUAUUUUUGUGCCCAUGAGCUGGCUUUGGCCAUUUGCAUCUUUGUUUCAUGCAAGUAUUGCCCAUGAUACAAUUGGUAAUUAGAGAUUCAAAUCAUGGUGUAGCUUUAAUUUGUUUGGUUAAGGUGCUCGAAUAUCUGUCUAUCUACAAUAGUCACUCGAUUUACAUGAUCAUUGACAUAUUAUGAUACGUGUUGCAAGCACUGCUUAGCGCACACAUCCUGAGCA